AUGACCGAGACGGGACCAUCUGCGAUUCGAAGACUCUCGCUCCAGGUACAGGAAAUUACAAAUCCCUCAGGUGUCGAGAGGGAGAGGCGGCCUAGCUUCCUGCGAAAGACGGUGUCCACAGCCAUCCGCGGCAAUGAGGCAAGGCAGAAAUGGAAGCAGCUAGAAAAGGCCAGAGCAAGUUGUGAAGAUGUCGAACAACAGCCCGUGGUAGAUUAUCUUGAGCCGCAGCUGGGGAAGCUGUCGAGGUCACUAGGUUUGGAGGACCACUCCGGAGCAAAGACUCCCCGGCGAAGUUUGAGAAACACUUCAUCAGCAGUUUUUGAUGCCUAUGCAGGCAAGGAGGUACUGUCUGAUGUGCCGCUCUUCAAGGAUUGCUCAGUGAAGUUCCUUGAGGCGCUGUCUGCAAAAGUUCACACUCGCCUUGUCGAGCCUGGCACGGACAUCUACCUGGAAGGGGAUCAAGGUGACAGCCUGUUCUUCUUAUCAAGGGGCGAGGUGGAAGUGCGCCAUGGUGACGAGGUUAAAUCAACAUGUCAGGAUGGUGAAGUCUUUGGAGAGAUGGCCGCGGUCAGUAAGCAUCCCGCUUUGACGACGCGAUCUGCAACGGUUCGGGCGACCGGCCUUUGUGAUUUCAAGGUCCUUCAGCGUGAUGAUUUGCAACAGGUGUUGAGCCACUUCAGAGAAGAUGCAAAGCGACUGGAAGACAAGGUGGAGCGCCACAUCGAAGAGCUUCGCGAGCAGGGCGCCCUUCCUGCUCGUAGGGAAUGGUGGCGACUGGACACGUCGGAGAAAAGACGGUCGUCAGCUACAUCGAUUGCUUCGGCCACCUCAGAGGGAGGCUUCCGUCAGAGUGCCUGGAAGCGAGCUCUUUCAGGCAUGGGGCUGGCACGCAGACUAUCGCAUUCUAUUCAGAAGCCACACGCCUACACAAUGGCGAUGUCUGCAAUGGCGGGUCUGGCCAGUCAUGCAGCACCUGGCUUGCCAAAUCGUGGUCGCCGGAUGAGUGAUGGUAUGCUGCUGGUGCGGCAACCAGAGAGGCCAACUUCCACAUCCAGCGUUGCAAGUUUGCAGUCGAUAUGUGAAAGGCAAGACCCAUCUGGUGAGGGUCAGCUUAACGAAGAGGAUGAUGGCGGGCGUAGCAGAAGCAUUUCGUCGUCAAGCUCAUCCUCAGGGAGCUCGCAGACCUCAGGGAGCAGAAGCAAUCCCGAAUGGGCCUUGAUAGCAGAUGACGCAAGUUCGCGAAGGCGAAGCAGUGCGGAGAGCCUCGAGCUCGAUGUGGCUGAGGCCAGCCACUCUAUUCGAGUUCUAGAUCCCGAAGAGAGUGAACACGUGGAGAGAAUUGAUCCUCCACCUGCUGCCUCUGCAGAUGUGAACAUUGCUAGCAAGUCAGAGCAAGUACGCUGCCUCUCUUUGCUCCUGGACAUCUGGUCGCCGAAGCUCGCAGAAGCUGCUGCAAAUCCAGGCGAGAUUGUUGCCACGCUGAAGAUUCAAGACGAAAGCGACUUGAAGCUCACAGCUCCCACGCUACCAUCGCUUGAGCGUGCGGCCAGAGCUGAUUCUGCACCGCGACAGUCCGAAAGCCAGGAGUCCUUGAAGACUGUCGCCACAGUGAAGCUGCCAAGUCCAAGCAGCCGUCCAGAGCAUGCACGACGGCUCCUCAGCAUGCGCGAGCAACGUCAAAGAGCUGUCAACCUCCACCCGUUCAACCAAGGAGGAAGGGUGGCCGGAUCUAUUCAUGAGGCGACGCGAAAAGGCCUAGCUCGGGCCAAUCUGGCAGCACUUCGAGUCUGUCACAAGGAGCCCAUAAUUGGUGCAGCUUCCAGGCACCAGGCCGUACGAUCGAAGCAGGCGAACAGCAGUGCAGUGCGGCACACUGCGUGCUCCAAGUUGCGACAGCCUCGUACAAAGAUGGGACUGGGACCAAAGGUAUGGGCUGCUCCAGAGCUGGCUGUGCAGUGUCCCACCACCUUGUGGCAGGAUUUCCAGGCUCUGCGAAUGCAGGAAGCCAACUCCAUGCUCAGCGUGUGUGAUUGA